GGAAAGAUUUGAGGUCAAUAUAAACGAGCUUGCAUAGUAAAUUGACAGCCCGCAUCGCAGCCUCUCUCCCAUACCAUUCUUUCGCCUUCACAUGGCAGUACCCGAGACCCAACCCACCGCACCGACCCCUAAACCCAACCCGCAUCGUCUCGUGUUUCCUUCCUUGGAAUGAUAGAGAUAUCACAACCACAAAAAUCUUCACCUCCCUGAGUUGUUGUUUUUCCAUUCCAAUGAAGAAGAAGGGAACCAAACGAAAGGAUGAAGCAGCCUCCACUGAGCCGCCGCCGCAGCAGCAGGAGAAUACAAAGAGCGCUAAGGCAUCGAAUGUGGUAUUUGAACCGUCGCACAAUAUUUGUUGUGUCUACGAUGAAACUCUACCAAAAAUGACUGUGUUUAAGGAGAUUUUGCCGUUUAUGAGACGUUUACCAAUUCAAAAGGCGUUAACGGAUCAGCACAAAGUGUUCAAAUCUCAUGUUGCUCAUUUCUGGAAGAAUGCCAAGUAUGAUGAAGAGAAUGAUGUGAUUAAUUCAAGUGUUAGUAUAGAUGGUGAAGAUAAAGAGAUUAUAAUCACAGAACAGCUUGUACGAGAAGUAUUGGAGUUUCCAGAUGAUGAUAAUUCGCCAACAGGGUUUCCAGAAAGAAUGGUCAAAGGUUGUAUGCUGAGAAUGGGUUAUAACGGUCCAUUGAACAACGCAAAUUAUUCGAAAGCCUGUUUCAUGAAGCUGUACAAAUUCUUUAUUCACUCAGUGAUUCAUGCGCUUAGUCACAGGAAAGGUGGAUACGAUGUUAUGAAAGAUUAUCAAAUGUGUAUGGUGACGGCGUUGGUGCUGAACAAGAAAUACAACUUUUCAAGAAUUGUUUUUCAUUACAUGAAAGAUAAUAUUACUUCUGGUAGUAAAAGUUGGAUGUAUCCAAGAUUUGUGCAGAUGAUGCUGGAUCAUGCCUGUCCAAAUCUGGUGAAAGAUGAACAAAAUGAUCUCAUGUUGUUACAUCACAUGGAUAAUGAAACGUUAAUCCGAUUAUCCAAGUAUACCAAGAAUUGGCCGGAACCAAAGAAGACAGAGUUUUUCGGAUUCAUCAAAAGUGAUAAAUAUGAAGAUCCAGAUCCAGUGAAUCAUUUAAAGUGGAGGAAUGAUGCUGAAAUGAAAGAAAAAAGUGCAAUUGAUGAAUUAACAAAGUUAGAAGAUUUCUGUGAAACACGAAAUGAUUGGUAUACAAAAGAAGAAAAAGAAAAGAAGAAAAAAGGUGGAAAGAGAACUCCUACACCGAAAGUUCAAACUGAAGAAGGAUCAUCUUCUCAACCACAAAAGAAACGUAAAAAGAAAGCGGUUGAAACAUUGCUGGUUGAUGAACCAGAAGAAGAUGAGACAGAAGCUAACGUUGAAAAAGACAGAAGCUUUGUAAAUGAUGAUCUUGUGAAGAAGUUGCAAAAGAAGGUGGAUGAGGUGUCAAGUGAGAAAAAGAAGUUAGAGAAACGUGUCAAGUCUGUUGAAUCUGAAAAUACAUCUUUGUUGAAAAAGGUUGAAACUGAUCAAGUCGAAAUAGAUAUUCUGAAAGUUCGAAUAGCUGUCUUGGAAGAAGAAAAGGCUCGAAGUGAUGAGCAGAAUGAGUAUUUCAAGUUGAAAAAUCAAGAAUUGGAAGCCAAGAAUGCUAAGAAAGAACAUGAAGAGUAUAUGUUAAAGAAAGUGUUAGAAGAUUUGAUUGGUAAGCCGAGAGAACAAAGAUUUGAAGAGAUUGAACUUGAAGAAGUGAGAGCAAGACGUGAAGCUGAGAUAGAAGCUGUUCAUAACGAUGAUGAUGAUGAUGAUGAUGAUGGAAAUGAUGAUGCUGAUCAAGGAAAUUCUGGUUUAAAAGUAACUGAAACGUCACAUGAAGAAAAUAUUGACGAUUAUCUUCAAGACAAUGUCAACGAAGAACCAGAAAAUGCAGGUUGAGAGGGGGAGCAUGGUAAUGCUGAAAAAGAUGAGAAUGUUGAUCAGAGUACAGGUUUCACUACUAGAAAAUACACAUUUCUUGACGCACAUUGUGCGUCAUAAAACGGUAAUUAUGACACGCAAAAGCAUGUCGUUGAUUGAGGAGUCAUAAAAUUAACAUGACAUGCAUUUGUGUGUCAUGUUUUUAUGACACAUUUAAUGACACACAUUUAUUUUAUGACACCUUUUAAUGACAUAUUCAUGACACUCAUUUUAUGACAUAUACGUAUGACAUUCAUUUAUGCGUGUCAUGCUUUUAAUU